UUCAAAGCUAGUACCGCCCUCUUUCUACUGUGUAUUAGGGCAUACCACAGUGCGUGAGCUUGUUCUGCAGACAGUAACAGGAUUACAAAUUGUACUUUGAGUCGGUUUAAAUUGUUCUUCUUCAUUUUUAAUAUAUUGCAUUUUCAACAAUUGGGUAGACAUGACGACCCAGUCCUACCUGCCGGUGCCACCCGGGGUUGGAAUGGAGGAAAACUUCCUGUGUCUAGAUGAUAUUUUACUGUCUCAAGAGAAGCUGCCGACCCGAACGGAGUGCGUUUUCCCGCGACUGGGCUUCGUGGAGAAAACCAGUGACACCCGCGACAUCCCAGAGGGAACAAAGAUGGAGAUGCCGCUGUGGUUGGCAAAGGGUCUGUAUGAUAACAAGCGGCGCCUCGUGUCUGUAGAGCAGCCCAAGAUUUACCGGCAGGGCUGGAGAACAGUGUUUAGUGCCGACCCCAAUGUGGUGGACCUUCACAAGAUGGGUCCCUAUUACUAUGGUUUGGGGUCCCAGUUACUGCACUUUGACAGCCCUGAGAACCCUGAGAUUGCACAAACUGUGUUACAGACGUACAUAGGACGUUUCCGCCGCAUUAUGGACUCCUCGCAGAAUGCCUACAAUGAGGACACGUCUGCACUGGUGGAGCGGCUCGAUGUCCUAGAGAGGUCUCUCUUCCGCACUGGACAAGCCGGCCUCAAUGACUUCCAGCGCUGGGAGAAAGGCCAAGCCUCCCAGAUCACUGCUUCCAACCUGGUGCAGAACUACAGGAAGAGGAAGUUCCCAGACCUGGAGGCCUGAGAGCUGAUGGGGCCGCUUCUGCAACAAAGAAAGAGCUUUGAGACGCAACAAAUAACUUCAGGCUGACGGGUCUACUGUCAGGCUCUCUGCGGGGGAAAAAUGUGGGAUGAUGAAGCAAAAGUUCUCUUCUCUGUAUCUUGUAUCUUGUCAAAAUGUGUUAUUUCUUAAGGAGUAAUUUGAACUAAUUUGCUUUGUGGUACUUUAUAGAAUGACCUAUAUUGCAAGAGCUAUAGACCAUCUCACUGCCACACUAUUCUGUGCUGAAUAAAGACGCGUUGGGAAUGUGUUCUACCAGGA